CUGUCACUUCCCGUCAUCAAAACAAAAACGCGUGUGUGCUUUCUGGGUGAUCGGCAUCGAGUUUAGCUAAAUUAAAUUACAAAAUUCGGUUUUAUCCAUAAAACUCCAUCAAAAUGUAUCUGAUGUAUACUCUGAACGAGAAAGGAGAACGAGUGUACACUCUGAAGAAAAAUGAUGUCGAAGGAAACCCAACUCAAUCCGCACAUCCGGCGCGAUUCUCCCCGGAAGAUAAAUACUCCCGCCAUCGUAUCAUCAUCAAGAAGCGGUUCGGUUUACUGUUGACUCAGCGUCCCGAACCAGUUUAUUAAAAAGAAUUUGAUUUAUAUUUAAGGAUUUUUUUGUAUUAAGUCGCGAAUAAAACCAAUACCUAAGUAUUUUACAAUGUA